AUGGACAAUUCCCGGGGGAGAUCUCCUUCAAGAGGCAAUGCGCAGCACAUAAGCCCUCAGCCUUCCCCAAACCAUUUCUCCGGCAUUGUACCAGGAGUAGACCCUUCGGUUCAGCAAGCUUUGACCACUGGCAAGUUCAAUACCUCCAACAGCGUCUUCAACAACCCGUUCCUUUCUUCCCAGCAACCAGGCGGCCUCCAACCCAAUUCGAACGAGCCCAGUUUCUACGACAAUAGCCAAUAUCACCAGAACAUCUAUUCAGACAAUCAAUUCGGAGGGCAGGGUUUGGAUCAGUCUUUCAACGACGGUGGUUACAUGUAUCAGGGCGAAAACAUGCCCGGUGAUUUCAACCAGACCUAUUCCUUGAAUCAGCCUUUCGACAUGAACCCUCAGAACAACAUAAAUCCGGCAGAGUUGAGCAAGGUUUCUUCACCCCAGGACCAUCAGUCACCAAAUCUGCAACCGCCGGAGAAUUAUUCGUCCCAACCAGGUUCACCUGCUUCGACAAACGGCCAGUUCUACACUCCCCAGCAUUCAAGGAACGCUUCGCUUGACCCUUCCAGUGCCUAUUCUGGCCUGAGUUUCCAACAGCACCGGAGAGCGCCAUCAGAGCAUAGCGACGUCUCGUCCGCAAACCAUUCCCCCUACCUUGCUCAUACGGAAUUACACAACCCGGGAGUGGAUAUUAAUCACUCGCCGUAUCUUCCCGCACAGCCGGACACCAGCAAUGCGUUCGGUAUGGAAAGCUUUAGUUUAGGUGACCAGGCCCCGUACCGGUCUCCCAGGCUGAUGCCAAACAUGGAAGCCAACCAACAGGGCCUUGGACUGGAUGGAAGCGGCUUACGUUUAAGCCAACCUUUGGGAAUCCCCGUGCCCGACGUGUAUACCACACAAGCGCCCCAAUAUCAGCCGCCUGUCGUUCCAAGCAACCAUAUGCGGAAUACGUCGGUCGUCUCAGACAUUGGCCAGGCUGACCAAUUCCAACCUCCAACAAUUAAUAUCGAACCUGCGCCGGUUUCGAGGCAACAAAGCUUUGGACCGCAGGGCGAGGCGACGGAGGGUGCUUUGAGUCCUCCUUCGAACAACAGAGGUCGUAACCGAAGCAAGUCCGAUGUCACAUUCACGCGGCCCUUGUCGAGAUCGAGUUCGCCUGGGCUCACUGCGACUAACGCCAAUCGCAACAGUCUCUCUGUCCGAUCUAGCACUCCUGAAAGGGGCCAAUCUCUGUCUCGAGAAUCAUCUCCUGGACCGGGUGUGCAAUCCGGGCGCAUUGACAAGAACCGUCGAGCUAGUACCUCUUCAAUGGGUCAAAGCAGGGAUUACAUUCUAGAUCUCGCCGAUCCUACCAGGCCGAAUGCCUCUCCGUCCGGAUCAAACACAAGAAUCCAAAAACAUCCAGCGACGUUCCAAUGCAAUCUUUGUCCGAAACGCUUUACUCGAGCUUACAAUCUGCGAUCCCAUCUGCGAACGCAUACCGAUGAGCGACCUUUCGUGUGUACAGUCUGUGGGAAGGCGUUUGCGAGACAACAUGAUCGGAAGCGCCAUGAGGGGUUACACAGUGGAGAAAAGAAGUUCGUCUGCAAAGGCGAUCUUCACUCAACACCAGGUCAGCAUUGGGGAUGCGGAAGACGGUUUGCCAGAGCAGACGCUCUGGGCAGGCAUUUCCGCAGUGAAGCUGGACGGAUAUGUAUCAAACCCCUUCUCGAAGAAGAGAAAGCAGAGCGGCAGAACAGAGCGAUGAUGGAGCAGCAGCAACAGCAACAGGCACACUUUGCCCAGCAGGGCGGGCUGCAACCCGUCCCUCAACCAAUGAUGAUUGGCAUGGACCCUACCACAGGUGCUGGUGGGUUCGCUUUACCCGCAGCGCUCCUGCAACAAUAUCCUGCAUUGCAGAAUAUCGAUUGGUCGCAAAUUCCAACCGUCGAUGAUCAAGGGGAUCUCAGCGACGUUGGUGGUAUGGGAAGAGCGAGCUUCGAUGCAUCGAGCGGUGGAGAGUAUUAUGAUGAGGACAUAUCUGAUGGGUAUGUCAGUGGCAACGGGAUGGACUUUGCGAACCCAGGGGCACAGCAGAUGUACAUGGGGAGCUGA